AUGGCCAAGAUUAGAAUCGCGAUUGACAGAGGCGGAACUUUUACGGAUUGCAUUGGUAACCCUGGAUCCGGAGAUGCGAAGGACGAUGUGGUCAUAAAAUUGCUGUCUGUGGACACCAAAAACUAUCCAGAUGCACCUUUGGAGGGUAUCAGAAGAAUCUUAGAGAUCUUCCAGCAAAAAUCUAUACCAAGAGGUACUCCUUUGGACCUGUCUGAUGUGGAAAGCUUGAGAAUGGGUACUACUUUGGCAACCAAUUGCGCACUUGAGCGAAAUGGUGAACGCUGUGCUUUUGUCACCACCAAGGGUUUCAAAGACAGUCUUUUGAUAGGCGACCAGACAAGACCCAAAAUUUUCGAUUUGAGCAUCAAACGUCUAAAUCCGCUGUACGACGAUGUCAUUGAAGUUGAUGAAAGAGUAACUUUGGAAGACUUUUCUGAGGAUCCAGAGAACAUCAAAUCAGAAGCCAACCCUGAAGAAGGUGUAUUUGUGGGCAAAAGUGGCGAACUAGUGCGAGUUUUGAAGAAACCGGACCUCUCGGCAUUGCAGGCUUCUUUGCAGUCUGUCUACGCUAAAGGCAUCCGUUCCAUCGGUAUUGCCUUACUUCACUCUUACACCUUCCCCGAACAUGAAGAAUUGGUGGCGAAGCUGGCCUCGGAGAUUGGCUUCACUCACAUCUCUCUAUCGUCGCAGUUAUCGCCCAUGAUCAAGUUUUUACCAAGGGCAAAUAGCGCCAUCGCUGACGCUUAUCUCACACCAGUUAUCAAGAAAUAUUUGGAUGGUCUACAAGCUGGUCUCAUUAACACCCAAAAUACAAGCAUUCAGUUUAUGCAAUCUGAUGGUGGUUUGGUGGACGGCUCUAAAUUCUCCGGUCUGAAAUCGAUUCUUUCCGGUCCCGCAGGCGGUGUAGUUGGAUAUUCAGCAACAUGCUAUGACAGUGAAUCCAAUAUUCCCCUCAUAGGUUUUGAUAUGGGUGGUACAUCCACUGACGUUAGCAGGUACGGCGAGGGCAAACUGGACCAUGUCUUCGAAACAACUACAGCCGGUAUAGUAAUUCAAAGUCCGCAACUGGACAUUCACACUGUUGCUGCUGGUGGAAGUUCGAUGUUGUUUUGGGAAAAUGGUCUUUUUAGAGUCGGGCCAGAAUCUGCCACAGCAGAGCCUGGGCCAGCCGCUUAUCGUAAAGGUGGGCCUUUGACCGUGACAGACGCCAAUCUUCUGCUGGGACGAUUAGUUCCAGAACUGUUUCCGAAAAUUUUUGGGCCCAACGAAGACGAAUCUUUGGACUUGAGUAUCACCAGGACUAAAUUUGAGCAGUUGACGAAGACCAUCAAUGCUGAUUUAGGCUCGGAUUUUUCAUGCGAGGAAGUUGCGUAUGGUUUCGUUAAAGUGGCGAACGAGUCUAUGGCUCGGCCAAUAAGAGGACUGACAGAAGCCAAAGGUCAUGUCAUUUCUGAACAUCAGCUUGUCACAUUUGGCGGUGCAGGAGGACAGCAUGCCGUUGCAGUGGCAGAAUCCCUUGGGAUCAACACGGUAAUUGCACACCGCUACUCUUCAAUUCUAUCAGCAUACGGAAUGUUCCUUGCAGAUGUUGUUGAGGAAAAUCAAGAGCCUUGCUCAUUAGUCUUGGAGGAUUCCGAUACUCAAAGGAGAGUGACAAAAAAACUAGCCAAAAUGGCGAGUGAAGUCACUGACACUUUGACAAAACAAGGCUUCUCGAAAAAUGACUUACUAUUUGAAAAGUAUUUGAACUUGAGAUAUGAAGGUACGGAGACCAGUUUAAUGAUACUUCAAGAUGAUGAGGAGUGGAAUUUCAGUAAAGAUUUCACUGCCUCCCACAAAAGAGAAUUUGGGUUUGUUUUCAAAGAUAGGUCUAUCAUCAUUGAUGAUCUUAGAAUCAGAGCUGUGGCAAAGUCACCAGUGAGAUCUACGAAAUCCAUCACGAAAGAGCUUGACUCGCUAACGACUACCACUGCCGAAAAGGGAAGGGAAGUCGCCUUUUUCAAAGAUGUCUUUUUUGAUAACAAACUUUUGAAGACUCCCGUGUAUCGAAUUGAUAACACUUCAAGUGGCACACGCAUUGAAGGCCCUUGCGUGUUGGCUGACGGUACUCAGACUAAUAUCAUCCCAAGAAACGCUUCUGCAGUGGUCCUCAGCUCUCAUAUUGUCAUCACGAUAAACCCUACUACCAAGCAGGAAGACAAGGCCGCCGGUUCCAACAUUGAUCCUGUGCUUCUUUCAAUAUUUAGCCACAGAUUUAUGGACAUCGCCGAACAGAUGGGUACACAGUUGAGAAAGACUUCGGUUUCCACAAACGUAAAAGAACGACUGGACUUUUCAUGCGCCCUCUUCGAUCCUGAUGGUAAUCUUGUUGCCAACGCUCCUCAUGUACCCGUACAUCUUGGCUCGAUGUCUACGUGUAUAUCUGCACAGGCCAAGCUAUGGAAAGGCAAAUUGAAGCGGGGAGAUGUAUUAUUUUCGAAUCAUCCGGAAAUGGGCGGAACCCAUCUUCCUGACAUCACAGUUAUAACACCAGCUUUUUCUGACGUCAAUGAUGAAAUAAUAUUCUAUGUUGCUUCAAGAGCACAUCAUGCUGACAUCGGUGGUAUCCUACCUGGAUCUGUUCCCCCAAAUUCGAAGGAACUGUAUGAAGAGGGGGCAGCAAUUUACUCGGAGCUUCUGGUCAAGGGAGGAAAUUUCAAUGAGCAGCUAGUGACCAAGCUGUUGCUCGAGGAUCCUGCCAAAUUUCCUGGAUGUUCAGGCUCUCGCAAACUAAGCGACAACAUCAGCGAUCUCAAAGCACAGAUUGCUGCAAACACAAAGGGAAUUCAAUUGAUCGCAAAGCUGAUGAAUGAUUUCGGAAUUGAUGUGAUAGUGAGAUACAUGCUCGCAAUUCAAGAGAAUGCUUCAUCCACAGUGAAGCUUGCCCUGAAACAAUUAACAGAGCACUUCAAUGCGUCUGAAUUUUAUGGCGAGGACUAUAUGGACGAUGGUACCGUGAUAAAGCUGAAGGUGACCCUUGACGUCGCAAAGGAAGAGUAUAUAUUUGAUUUCGAUGGGACCUCGCCACAAGUUUAUGGUAACUUGAACGCGCCUGAGGCAAUUACAAAUUCAGCGAUUUUGUAUUGCUUGCGCUGCUUGGUGAAUAAGGACAUUCCUUUAAACCAAGGCUGUCUUAAACCAGUAACGGUAAAAAUACCAAAGGGAUCUAUUUUGAGUCCUACCAAAGGCGUUGCAGUUGUCGGGGGUAACGUUUUGACCUCUCAAAGGGUCACUGACGUAGUUUUGAAAACCUUCAAAAUAAUGGCCGAUUCCCAAGGUGAUUGUAACAACUUCACGUUUGGAACUGGCGGAAAAGACGAAAAAGGUGAAGUAUCCAGGGGAUUUGGCUACUAUGAGACAAUUUGUGGUGGACAUGGAGCCGGAGCGGAUUCUUGGAGGGGUCCUGGAUGGAACGGAGCGCACGCCGUCCACACAAAUAUGACGAACACUAGGAUGACAGACGUGGAGAUCUUCGAGAGAAGAUAUCCUGUUGUUCUUCGCGAGUUUUCUGUGCGGAAGGAAUCCGGUGGGAAAGGAAAAUACAAUGGAGGCAACGGAGUUCUUCGCGAUAUUGAGUUUCGCCAGCCUGUCCAGGCGUCUAUACUAUCCGAGAGGCGUGUUGUUGCUCCUCAUGGACUCAAUGGGGGCAGCGAUGGCGCAAGAGGCUUGAAUCUAUGGAUUCGCGGAGCUACCAACUCUGUCACGAAUAUUGGUGCUAAGAGCACGAUAAAGGUCAGUCCUGGCGACAGAGUUGUGAUAAUGACCCCUGGAGGUGGUGGAUGGGGCCAAGUAGAAACCAAUUGA